AUGAACACCCUUGUCCUAAGUGUGCUGAGGCUCUCACUGACUGAGCUGAUCAACAUUCGGUGGACUAGGCCUAUUGAAGAAUCACUCAGGCAUAAUCACUCACCUGUUAAAUGCGUUGCUGUAGAUACUCCUUGGAACUUCGAAGUUUUGUUUCUCUGCGUUUCACCUAAAAUGGCACCUCCUACUGAGAUUGUGUGCCGCUGUGGACGUUGUUUGAUGUCAACAUUCCGUGCAAAGGGCGUAGUUCAGCAAGGCCGCAUAUGGCGGCCAAAAUCCCAAGCAUAUAAGAAUCAUCGAGACGCCCUCAAAAAACCUCCGGUACUGGAACAGACUACGAGCGCUGAUUACAAUGCAACCAAUACCGACUUACAAGAUCACAGGGUGCAACACGAGUCAACAAACAAACUCUCUCAUCUGGACAUCGCCUACUUGACCAACUCACAUCAACAGCCUCGAGACCGAUCCCUUAAUCAUUUUCCGGAGGUAUGGGCUGGGGAGACUAUUGACUCAAGUAUGUAUCAGUCUUAG